AUGGAGAACGUUGUCGCGAAGCUUAUCCCUGUCACCUUAAUGGGAGAGAACUACUUUUAUUGGUCGAAAGCAGCUAAGGCCGUCCUUAAAAGCCUUGGCCUUUGGGAUCAUAUCACCAAAACGCAAACCACAGACUCGGACGAGAAUCAAGCGGCAUUUGCUGAAACCGACGCUGAUCAGACUGCAAACGCUGAGACUAUUGCACGUCAAGUUGCCGAGAACAGCAAGUGGGUUCAAGAGGACAACCUUGCCUUGGCAAUUCUCCAAAGCUCCUUGGACUCCAAUAUCCUCAAGUCGUUCAUAGCACCGGAAACGACAAAGGAGCUGUGGGAAACAUUACAAAAUGUGUACGGUAAUGUGACUAACUUAUGUCGCAUAUUUGAACUUAAGAAAAGGAUGUUUACCUUGCAGCAGAACGGUAAGUCGUUCAACGUCAUCCACGGAGAAUUUAGUGCAUUGUGGACUGAAUUGGAAGAGUUAUGCCCACCUACGGUGAAUCUCAAAGCUUUCAAGGAUAGGUUGGAGGAAGAUAAAGUAUUCUCUAUUCUUCUCACCUUGGAUGGAUCGUACAAUGACUUGAUCUACCACAUACUCCGCCAAGACCGUUUGCCCAAAUAUGACGAGGUAUGCAUGAUGUUAAAAAGAGAAGAAGCUGGACGUAACCUGUUUGCAGGGCCUAGCGAGAUGGCACACUUCCGCAGAGGUCCAGGUCCGUAUUCUCCAAGUCACUCGAACCGUCGUGAGCGAAGCCGUGAUUCUGAUCGUGCUCGUGAACGUGAUGGAGACCGACGAGGGCUGAUGUGCGAUCACUACAAACGAUCCGAUCAUGUGCGUGACAAGUGUUGGGUUCUUCACCCGCAUCUCAAGCCGACUAUGUACCGUGAUGCUCCACACAACCGAGGACAAGCAAUGACGGCAACAAACACAAUGAGUUUCACCUCGGAUGAAAUCCAAGGAUUUAAACAACUCCUCCUUGCCAUGAAAGACAAGGAGUCCGGAUACUAAAACCGGAACUACUCUUGGAAAAGGCUUCAAAAGGGACAACCUAUAUCUUCUUGAAGAGCCUAGUUUUUCUUCCGAAUUUGCUUUCUCUUCAAUAUGGCAUGCAAGACUUGGACAUCCCCAUCACAAAGUGCUAAAGAUGCUUGUUCCUAAUUCAAGUUUCGAUAACACUUUUUGUGAGGCUUGUGUUUUAGGCAA